GCCCUAAUCUAUUUGUUUCUGAUCGUCUAGGUACUGAAGAAAAAAAAAUUAGGAGUUUUAGGUCUUUUAUCUCAAUAUGACCAAACUCAGACCCAGAUUCUUAUCUUCGAAUCUAUUAUAGUUUACAUAGACUGUGUCUUGAGUUUAGUUUGAAACAACAUCAUCAUGGAUGAACUUAUUUCUUUUUUCUUAAUGCUUCAAAUUUUGGUAGUUGGUGGUGUGGCGCCCUACCAUGACCCUCACUGUGGCGGCAAACAGGUCAUCGUCCACCUGUUUGAAUGGAAGUGGACAGACAUUGCCAAGGAAUGUGAGAGAUUCCUGGGACCCAAAGGUUACUGUGGUGUACAGGUGUCGCCUCCUAUGGAGCACGCCAUGAUUACAACAGACGGAGACCGCCCCUGGUGGGAGCGCUACCAGCCCAUCAGUUAUAAGCUGACCAGUCGUAGCGGUAACGAGGAACAGUUGAAGGACAUGGUCCAGAGAUGCAAGGCUGUAGGAGUCAGAGUGUACGUUGACGCUGUGGUCAAUCACAUGGCUGGACUAGGCAGGAAAGGGGUUGGAACAGCAGGAAGCACUUUUGAUUCAGACGCCCGAGAUUUCCCUGGAGUUCCUUUCACCAAGGACAACUUUAAUGACAGGAGUGACUGCCCUUCUGGCGAUGGCAAUGUUAACAAUUACGGAGAUCCCAAGAAUGUAAGAAAUUGCUACCUUGUUGGCCUGACAGAUCUGGACGCGAGCCAGGAAUAUGUCCAGGACAAGAUCAGCGGCUACUUCAAUCACUUGAUCUCACUUGGUGUGGCUGGAUUCCGUGUGGACGCGGCUAAACACAUGUGGCCCAAGGAUCUGGAGGGUAUCCUGGCCAAGACCCAUGACCUACCAGAAGGAGGUCGACCUUUCUUCUACCACGAGGUGAUUGACAGGAAUGAUGGCGCAAUCAAGGUCAACGAAUAUUUCCACCUGGGCUACGUGACAGAAUUCCGCUACAUGCAAAAAGUCAGAGAAGGAGCCAGUGGCGACCUAGGGCGCCUGGGCGCUGUCUACGACCCUGGAUGGGGAAUGGCUCCACCAGACCAGGCCUUCGUCUUUGUAGACAACCACGACACACAGAGAGGCAACGAGGCCUUGACCUACAAGCACGGUGCAGAAUACAAGAGAGCUGUGGCCUUCACCUUGGCCUACAACUACGGCUUCACCAGAGUGAUGAGCAGUUACUACUUCACGGACAACAGCGCCGGGCCACCUCGUAACGCGGACAUGUCCGCUAAAGAUGUCAUCAUCAAGGCGGACGGCACCUGUGACAACGGAUGGGUCUGUGAACACAGGUGGAAGUCUAUCGGUAACAUGGCGAUGUUCAGGAACGCUGUGGCCGGAACCAGUGUUGACAACUUCAAGUAUGAGAACGGGGUAUUGUCCUUCAACAGAGGCAACAAAGGAUUCUUUGCCAUGGGCUCUAACCCAUUUAGCAUCUCGGUCAAUACAGGCCUUCCGGCUGGAGAGUACUGUGACCUCAUUAGUGAAUGCGCCCAGAAGAUCAGAGUGGACGGAAGUGGACACGCCCAGGUCAGCCCUAAAGAUCCAACAGACCCGUUUGUUGCCAUCAUAACACAAGGGGGAGAGAACAUAGUUGUUCCAAUCAUCCCAGACCAGGGUGUAGACCACAGUGGCGACACCACUGUCCAGACUCAAACCCAGACCAGCCAAGACAAUGUUCAGAUUACCGUUCCAAUCACCACGGCUAAACCUUACGUCCCGACUGGACAGGAAGAUUUCCAGAGGACAGUCAUCAUCAUAGAGAGACAGACCAACCCAGGUCAAGAUUUGUUCAUACGAGGAGGUGUGGACUACGCCAGACGACCAGGUUGUUCAGCAAGUCUUCCAGCAACUUCCAAUCCAUGCGCCAUUCCAAUAAAACACAUCAACCUCGGGACUACGUCUCAUUUCGACAAGGUCACUGCUUGGUCAGCUGGAGACAAUUUCCUGGACUGGAGUGGCCCCGAAUCUAGUCAAGGUUCUUAUCAAGGCAGGGCCGCUGAAGGCACUCCAGCGGUCUGGUCAACAAACGAUAAAUCAAAUUCAGGCUACAAUGAUUUGAAUACAUAUGGUCCUCACUACUGGAUCAUCGACCUUGAGAUGGACUGCUCCAGAACGGAGGACAGCUUCUUUGAAUUGAAGGCUAUCGUCAACGGAGGUUGGGAAAACGACCUCGGGGUGACUCCGGCCUGCACUGGCUUGGGCUCCCAAAGUCCGUCCUUCUCAUCCAAGAACCACAUUGCAAGAUGUGGUUACAAGAAUGUGUUUCACUUUAACAACCCAGCCUGUGAGAUCACUCCUCUGUAGCCUCUCAAUGUUUUGAUCUGAUUGGAGACUGACUCUGUUUCUUAGACAUGUCAAUGUCAGACAAGGACACAUAUGUUAAUUCAAACGUAUUAAAACAAAAUAGAUACAA